CAUUGGUGGUUCUGCGCUUCGUCAUCGCUGUAUGUCCGGAUCGCAGUGACAGGAGGCAGGCAGGGGAAUUACUCCAGGCCGGGGACAUGUUCUGGUUCCAGGGAUCCAUCCCGGAGGCCAUAGCCGAGGCCAAGCAGCGGAGCUCCGUGUUUGUCGUGUUUGUGGCCGGGGAUGAUGAGCAGUCCAUUCGCAUGGCAGAGAGCUGGGGGGAUGAAGAGGUGGAGCGGGCAGCAGCUCAGGGCUUUGUCGCCAUCAGGAUCGACAGUAAGAGUGAAACCUGUCUCCAGUUUUCCCAGAUCUAUCCUGUGGUUUGUAUCCCGUCCAGCUUCUUCAUCGGAGAGAAUGGGAUUCCUUUAGAAGUCAUUGCGGGCAGUAUAUCAGCCGAAGAAUUAAUAGCAAAGAUCACCAAAGUGAAGCAGAUGCACACAGGGAAGAACGACCAGUUACCAGCAGACACAGACGUACCCGUUGGUUCUCCAGAGACGACAUGCCCUGUAUCUGAGAGCCCAUCCAUGGAAUCGCCCCCUGUAGAGACCUCAUCCGCAUCACCAGAGACCACCCCAGCACAAAGCGACAACUCGCCCACAGAGGAAUCAAACGAGGUUGUCGAAGGCGCGAGAGAAACUUCUGAAGAAAUAGCGGAGAAAAUGGAGAGGGUUAUGGCAAAGCUGGAAAUGAAGGCAGAGCAGAGACAGAAGGAAGAGCAGGAGAAAGAGAUCAAGAGCGAAAUUGGCAGGAGAAAAAUGGGAAAAGACAUGCUGGAGUAUAAAAGAAAGCAGGAGGAUGUGCAGGCCAAACGGGUGCUGGAGGAGAGGAACAGGGAGAAAGCCGAGGACAAAGCUGCCAGAGACCGGAUUAUACAACAGAUUGCACAGGAUCGUGCUGAUCGCGCCGCCCGAUUUGCCAAGUCUAAAGAAGAACAAGAGUCCAUAAGGGCAGCCGAACUACAGGCGCGGCAGGUGGCGGCGGAAGCCAAAAAGGAAGCGGCACAGAAAGAACGAAGGACUGUAGCCAGGAUACAAUUCAAACUGCCCGAUGGCUCUUCCUUCAUGAACCAGUUCUCAUCAGAGGCCCCUCUGGAGGAAGCACGACAGUUUGCCGUACAGACUGUCGGAAACGCUUACGGCAAUUUCUCCUUAGCAACCAUGUUUCCCCGAAGAGAAUUUACCAAAGAGGACUAUGGGAAAUCUUUACUGUCUUUAGAACUUGCACCCAGCGCCUCAAUAGUCCUCUUGCCGGCCGGGAGGCCAGCUGGAGCCGUAGUGCAAUCCUCAUCAGAUGGAGGUGCCUGGGGCUUUUUGGGCACUUUCUUAUAUCCCCUCCUUGCAGUCUGGAGGUUUCUGAGCAGUUUCUUAUUCAGCAGCCCACCCCCAACACAGCACACAGGCCGCCCGGGCCAGACACAGCAGGAAAGCGACAACUCUUCUGCAUCCAGUAGUUCAGAGCCAAAAAGAGAAACAGUUCGGAAAAGGGUACUUGAAAAACGAGCGGACGAAUUUAAGAAAGAAGGCAAAAUCUACAGGUUAAGGACGCAAGACGACGAGGAUGAAAACAAUACCUGGAACGGGAACUCUACCCAGCAGAUGUAGGGGCCGAGUGACAGAUGUUUGUGUGGGGUUUGGUUUGUUUGAGCCACUUUGCUGCAGUUUGGGGGGGGGGGGGGGGGGGGUUUCUUUAUUUUAAUCACUUUCAUACGGCUUAGCUCAGUGCAUGAAAUUAGGAUCCUCUAACUCAUCUGAUUUAUACUUUUACAGACGCUGCACUCGAUAGAAUAAGUUCUAACAUGUAUGAGUUCAGGAUUUUUUUUUCCUCUCCAUUUUGGGUAAACUCUGCAACAUUUUCAAGCGUUUUUUUUUUUUUUUUUUUUUUUUCAUUUGGCACAGGG